UGCUAAGCGUGUGAAUACUGAACAGUUUCAGUCAUAUGGUAAAAGUGCUCGCGUAAAGUACUUUCAACGGAAAACGACGACGGAAAUCGUGCGGAGCUAAGAAAAUAUUUAAAAGCGUACAUACAUACAUAUAAUAGAAUAUACGUGCGUACAAUAGAAUUUGUGCAGCUUUUCUAAAAGGUUUAAUUUGCGAUUCAACUUUUCCACAAUAUUUCUCCACUCUCCACGAUGUUCUCAAAAUUUACCACGACCAUGGCCGUGCGCUGUAUGAGCGCUCAACAGCAAAAGCUCCAAACAAAAGUCGCACAGAAAGUGACAUCACAACAAAUUUUUGACCGUGAAAACAAAUACGGCGCACACAAUUAUCACCCCCUGCCGGUGGCGUUGACACGUGCUGAGGGUGUUUAUGUUUGGGAUGUGGAGGGCAAACGUUAUUUUGACUUUUUAAGUGCCUAUUCGGCUGUCAAUCAGGGUCAUUGUCAUCCAAAAAUCGUACAGACACUAACGGAGCAGGCGAAAAAACUAGCAUUGACAUCCAGAGCCUUCUACUCAGACAUACUUGGUGAAUAUGAAGAAUACAUAACGAAGCUUUUCAAUUAUGACAAAGUUUUACCAAUGAACACUGGUGUUGAGGGUUGUGAAACCGCUUGUAAAAUUGCACGUGCCUGGGCGUAUAUGAAGAAGAAGGUGCCAGACAAUCAAGCCAAGAUACUCUUCGCCGAGAAUAACUUCUGGGGUCGCACCUUAGCUGCCAUUUCAGCCUCAACUGAUCCAAUGAGUUAUGAGAACUUUGGGCCCUACAUGCCUGGUUUUGAAAUCAUCAAAUACAACAAUACUGAAUCUCUGGAGAAAGCUCUGCAAGAUCCCAAUGUAUGCGCCUUUAUGGUUGAACCAAUUCAAGGUGAAGCCGGUGUUGUCGUACCAGAUGCUGGUUAUCUGCAGAAGGUACGCGAGCUUUGCACCAAAUACAAUGUGCUGUGGAUUGCGGACGAGGUACAAACGGGUUUGGCGCGUACUGGACGCAUGCUGGCUGUCGAUCAUGAAAAUGUCAGACCAGACAUACUCAUUUUGGGUAAAGCGCUGUCGGGUGGUCUCUACCCCGUCUCUGCGGUUUUGGCUAAUGAUCCAAUCAUGGAAUGCAUACAACCCGGCCGUCAUGGCUCCACCUAUGGUGGUAAUCCAUUGGGUUGUAAAGUGGCAAUCAGUGCACUCGAAGUGCUGCAGGAGGAACGUCUAGCAGAGAAUGCGGAGAAAAUGGGAAAUUUAUUGCGUAGCGAACUUAGCAAUCUGCCAAAAGAUGUGGUGAGCAUAGUGCGUGGUAAGGGAUUGCUGAAUGCGAUUGUAAUCAAUAAAAAAUUCGAUGCAUGGAAUAUUUGCUUGAAAUUGCGUGAUAACGGUCUUCUUGCCAAACCUACGCACGGCGACAUCAUACGCUUUGCGCCGCCACUUGUUAUUACCGAGGAGCAAACACGUGAAUGCGCUGAAAUCAUCAAGAAAACUAUACUGAAUUUUUGAAAAAAAAAA